GGCGACGUAAUGAUAAAUCAAGUUUACAAAAUGGCAGCCCCCACGUUAUUUGUUACACUGAUCGGAGUGACAGUGAGAUCCGUAUUAUUCAACUCGUUUGUAUCAAGCUGGCUGACUGAUCGAGUUGAAAUUUCUACACCUCUUACAUCAUGGAAAUCGAUGGUCGAAGGUUUGACUUUGCUUGAGAGGGGGAUUUCGCCGUAUGCUGGAGAUACUUUCCAUGAAACCCCUUUGUUGCUAUAUAUCUUCUACUAUGUGCGUUCCUUCUCUCCGACCCUGGUGCCGGUAAUGUUUGUCAUGGUGGAUCUGAUGACGGCAUUCAUACUGCACAAGGUGGCCACCAGGACAAUGAAAUACUUGUACAAUCUGCAGAAACGGGAGGAGAAGAGUUAUGCUUCAGGAGUUGAUCCUCUUCUCAUCCUCUCAUCGGAUGUCAUUUCUAUUCCUGACUUGGCUAUGGCAAUUUACUUGCUGUGUCCAUAUAGCAUCGUGACCUGUGUUGCUCAGUGCACUGUUGUGUUUACCAAUCUUACCCUAGCGGCUACUUUUCUCUUCACGUUACAAGGAAAUGCAGUUGCAGCCACUUUGUGCCUUGCUCUUGCCUCAUACCAGUCUCUGUACCCAGUCACGUUAAUUGUUCCACUCGCAAUGCACAUAGCCAUCAUCAAAAUGCAGGGAUCUCAAGAUAAAGCAGUGAAUUACCAAAGUCCAGAGGCGGUACGUUCUAUCAUGCUAACUGGAGCUAUCUUCUUUUUCUGGUUAGCCUGUUUACUGGGUCUCUCCUUCCUCAUGCUCGACUCAUGGGGGUUCCUAAGGUCUACUUAUGGAUGCAUAUUAGCAGUGCCCAACCUACAGCCCAACAUGGGUCUUUUCUGGUACUUCUUCACAGAGAUGUUUGAACACUUCAGGACAUUUUUCCUCUGGAUUUUUCAAAUUAAUGUCUUCAUCUAUAUAGCUCCCUUGGCAAUUAAAAUGAGAGAGCACCCUUUGUUCAUAAUGCUGGUCCAGUGUAUUCUGAUCGCCAUCUUCAAGUCGUAUCCAUCGGUUGGGGACACCACUCUCUACCUAGCCCUCCUACCCAUCUGGUCCCAUACAUUCCACUAUUUCCGAAACAGCCUGGUGGUUGGGGUGAUGAUGCUGCUAGCUUCGCUCUUAGCCCCGGUUCUCUGGCAUCUCUGGAUCUAUGCUGGCAGUGCCAAUGCAAACUUCUUCUUUGCCUUUACACUCAUCUACAAUACAGCACAGAUUUUCCUUGUGACAGAUCUUGUCUUUGGUUUUCUGCGACGAGAGUUUGCUCUCAAACACGGGAUGGAGCCGCUCGACGAAGACGGCAACAAGCGACCUAUUAGACUACAAUGAGAGCACAACCAACUAAACCAGUCUAAACCAGUUUAAACCAGUCUAAACCAGUUUAAACCAGUUUAAACCAGUGUGAAACUAGGAUGUCCUUCAUAGACCAAACUCACAAAGAAGUCCUUUUAAGUCAGGAAAACUGAAAGAGAAGGUCGAGUUCUGGGGAGAGGUGAAAAAUAAUUUGUGAGCGUUUUCAUUGUUUUUUAUGCAAGUGUGGAAGCAUAUCAGAGAAAAAAUGUUCCCUGAAAAGCAUGGCUCUUCAAAUGCCUCCAUAUUCUAAAUAUGACAUGUAACAGCUUAAAAAUGAGGACCUUAUUCUUAUGCCACAUGCUUGAAUAGUCCCAUAUACAUCUUUCUGUGUACAGUGCUUGUUAAUUUUACCCAGACUGGGCCAAAUUUCAAGAACCUCAAGAUUCCAGAACCUUGCAGUACACACCAAUACUUAUAUGCGAAAUGAUCAACUUUUUCCAGUCAAUUUCUCACCUUUUCUUUCACAAUGCAAUCGCAUGACCAGAACUCAACUUUAUUUCAACUAUAGACAAGUACACCAUGUGUGUAGUCCUUAGGAGGAUUGGGGUAUUCUCUCUUGGACAGAUGUGUUUAAUAAAAGAGCUGUUGUAUAAUUCUUUCGCGGGUAUAGAAGUUCUUCUGGUAUCAUGCAUGUCUAAACCAGUGUGAAAUUAGGAUAAUCUUCAUAGACCAGACUCACAAAGAAGUCCUUUUGAUCUUGUGCCCGUCUUACCUUUUGGCUCAUAAUUAUGCCUGUCUAAAUUUUAAAGACGAUUUCAGGUCAAUACUGCAGACUUGUCAGCAUAUUGUAAGCCUUGGGAUUCCAUGUUAGACUACGAAAUGCCGGAGUAAUCAGGAUUCGGUUUGAAAGUAUUUGGUCAUAAAGGGUUUGGAAUUUCAGAAGGCGUACGCGGGG